AACCUGACACAUUAUCAGGAUUUGGGACAGGAGUACCACUCUAGUUGUCCGUGAGAGUAAAGGAAAAGCAGAAAGAGAGACAGAUUGUGUAGUCUUGUAGAUAAUGGUAGCACACGUGGGAUUUAUCUCUCUCAGCGUUUCUUUUCCGUCUAUGCCUUGUAUUCCUCGACUUAGCUUCACCAGACGCAGACCAUUUGCCAUGGCAGCAGUGAGUGAUGAUCCUAUCCAAGAAUGGAUUCUCACGGAAGGAAAAGCAACCCAGAUUACAAGGAUUCGUCCGGUAGGUGGUGGUUGCAUCAAUCUUGCAAAUCGCUAUGACACUGAUGCUGGUUCUUUCUUUGUUAAAACAAACAGGAGUAUUGGUCCAUCAAUGUUUGAGGCAGAGGCUAUUGGUUUAGGUGCCAUGUAUGAAACUGGAACAAUUCGUGUGCCUAAGCCAUUUAAGGUUGGACCCCUUAGAAACAGUGGAUCCUACAUCAUUAUGGAAUUUAUUGAAUUUGGUGCAUCAAGAAGCAAUCAGUCUGUGUUAGGAAGGAAGCUAGCUGAAAUGCAUAAAGCUGGGAAAUCGGAAAAAGGCUUUGGUUUUCCCGUUGAUAAUACUAUUGGCAGUACUCCGCAGAUAAAUACUUGGUGCUCUGAUUGGAUUCAGUUUUAUGGAGAGCAUAGAUUAGGUUACCAGCUGAAGUUAGCACAGGACCAGUAUGGUGAUUCAACCAUUUAUCAAAAAGGACAAAGGUUGAUAAAGAACUUGGCACCUCUUUUUGAAAACAUUGUUAUAGAGCCAUGCUUGUUACAUGGAGACUUAUGGAGCGGGAAUAUCAGCUCUGACAAGAAUGGCGAGCCAGUUAUACUUGAUCCUGCUUGUUACUAUGGACAUAAUGAGGCUGAAUUUGGAAUGUCAUGGUGCGCUGGCUUUGGAGGAUCUUUCUACAGUUCUUACUUUGAGGUGAUGCCCAAACAACCAGGCUUUGAGAAGAGGAGAGAUCUUUAUCUGUUAUAUCAUUACUUAAAUCACUACAACCUCUUCGGCUCUGGUUACCGCUCAUCUGCUAUGUCAAUAAUAGAUGACUAUCUGAGAAUGCUGAAUGUAUAGAGACAUCGAGACUGAAAGUGUUUGGCACACAUCUGUAGGCACAAACUUUGUGUGAGAAGAUUAUUAUCUGAGGAACAAAUUCUAGUAAAUUGUAUAUGUAGCUUUUGGUAUGAGGAAGAUCAAUACGAGUAGUAUAUGCUACUAUUGAUUCACACCUAUUUUGAUUAAGAUGAACAUUCUAUCAGAAUGGUGUUCGUUUCCUCUGUGCGCUUGUGUAUGAUGGUGCAUGCUGACACAAGAAACCUGGUGAUAGUGUGUGUAAGUAUGUGCGUCUGCCUGUGCCUUUGCCACCGCACAAGCAAGUCUGUGCUAUGAAUCUGAUAGUUUAAUUCCCCAAAUUUUCAAGUAAGGGUUGGGUAAAUCUUUUUAGUGGAAACAACCAAAGUGACAGGAAUGGAUGUCAUGUCAACAUGGCAACAAUAUAUGCUUCUGCCAAAAUGAAAUAUGAGCACUGCAUUUAAC